GUUAUCAACCUGUAUUUGUUGGAAGUUAUUUACCAUUUGAAAAUGGAUAUCACAUUAUAUAUGAUAAUCGGUAUACUUUGCAAGUGCCCCAAAACGAACAGAUGACAGAUAAAUAUGAAUAUUGCUCACCUCCUCAAAUGAUCGGAUAUGGGCCAACACCCGUAGUAAUUGGAUAUGUGUCGACACCCGUAUUAAUUGGAUAUUCGUCGAUACCCGUAGUAAUCGGAUAUGGACUGACACCCGAAAUGAAUGUAUAUGUACCUCCGCCAGCAAAUCAGCAUUAUGGCCUGCCAACACAAGUGCUAGAACAUCAGCAAGCGCAAGAAUUAUUUGAAUAUGAGCAACCAUUUGAACUGCUCGAAGUUCAGCAACAUCAGCAACAACCAGAAAUUCUCGGACAGGAGCAUUCAGCUCAGUUUACUUCAAGAAUAGUACAGCCAGAUUCAAAGCUGCCAUCGGAAACUUCUAAAUCUUUAUUAGAUUCGAGUCAUCUGUCUAUUAAUGGUUAUCAACCUGUAUUUGUUGGAAGUUAUUUACCAUUUGAAAAUGGAUAUCACAUUAUAUAUGAUAAUCGG